AUGCUCCGAACGGCCCUUUCAGCCACUCGACCCGCGCUCCGCCAGACUGUCCGACCAGUUGUGGCCCGCGUGCCCGCGAUCACCAUCAGCGCGCGUCAGCUCCAUGCGACCGCGACCGCCCGCUCGGGACUGACCAACCUCUUCGAGGCGAACCCGGACAACCCGCCACUGAGCGUGGCAAAGCUGAACGACAAGGGCUUCCACCUGUCUGACGGGCUCGUCGUCCCCGGCGGGGUUAUUCUCGCCGACGGCUCUGCGUUCCUCUGGAACGUCAGUCCGCCAGGCGACAUCAUGAAGGGCAUGGCGCACGCGUGGGCGGGCUGGACGCCGGAGCGGUUUGCCGUGUUUGAGCGGUUGGUGCCGAGGCCUGAGCUGACCACAGAAAUCCUCAUCUUCGGCACCGGCGCGCAGCCCCUCCCCAUCCCGAAGGAGAUUCGGGAUUACAUCUCUGGCCUCGGCAUCCAGCUCGACGUCAUGGACUCGCGCAACGCGGCGAGCACCUACAACCUCCUGUUCGAGGAGGGCCGUACCGUGUCCGCGGCCCUGUGUCCGCUGAAGCCGGUGGACAUGCGAGCUGAUGCCGCUUAG